UAUAUCGAGAGGGAGCCAUACAAACCGAGUCAGAAAAAAGCCCAUUUCAGAGAGAGAGAUGAUACCAGUACCGGUGGGAGAAGAAGUCGGCCCGAAACUCGCUCGACUUCUGUACUUCGUCGGCGCCGGAUUUUUGUGCACUGCUGCGAUUAACAAGUGGAGAGAUUGGGAAAGAAAGUCUACGAUUCAAAAGCAACAACAGUUUAAUGGUCAAACACUGAAAAAUCAAUCAAAUGGGGUACAAAAAGCUAUUGAAUAAAAACGAUCCCCCCCCAUCCCACUUUUUUCUCUUUUUGAUGAGGGGGUUCUUGAUUUUCAAUAGGCCGUUGCUGUUAAAUAAACAAUUUGAUGAUUAUUCAGGUGGACAAAUUUUUCAAUGUAGUAAGUGGAUUUAGACUGUACAUGGUUUCUUCUUGUUUCUGAUGUAUGGACCAAAUUGUUUAGGAUUUCGUGAUUACAAAAGAAAAAAAAAUGGUUUGUUACUAUUGUGUUAUAGUUUAUGGAUUGCAUAAAACCUGUAAGAGAAACCUUUUGGUAUAGAAGAUAAUGUGAUCUAUUCACUGUGGA